GGUCGCUUCACCAAUGUUUACACUUUUGGCCCAGCUGACAGAAGGUCUGCCAGUGUGUCACUUUUACUCAUUUUACGUCCUGGUUGAUCUUGCCACAUCAUGGGACAGACAUCGUCAAGUGGAGUUAAAGCUCAUAUGGAGACAGCACAGAAGACAGGUGCAUUAGUGCUGUCUAACAGGAAAUUAACGGAGAUUCCAGACCUCUCAUCAAUGAGUAAGGUCCUGCGGACACUUGAUCUUUCGACAAACAAGCUGACAUCUGUUCCACCUUCUGUGUGUAGUCUCUCCAACUUGAAGCAUUUGAAUUUGAACGGAAAUAAGAUUGGCAGCCUCCCAGAAGAAAUUGGAAGUCUGACAAAGCUCGAGUCUUUGUCCUUGGUGUCCAAUCAUAUUACUAGUCUGCCUCCUUCAAUGUCAAACCUAAAACAUUUGAAGUCAGUCAUAAUCAGUGAUAAUCAAGUAACAGAAUUCCCGGUGGUCCUGUGUGGCCUGCCCCAGCUGGAUGUGUUAGAUAUCAGUGGCAAUAAGAUCACAGAGAUACCUGAUGGCAUAGAAGAUCUUCAGGCAGUAGAAGUUAACUUGAACACGAAUCAGGUCUCCUCGAUAUCACCCUCAAUUGCAUCGUGUCCCCGCUUGAAAACCCUCCGCCUGGAGGAGAACUGUCUGGCUCUCACCGGAAUCCCCACUGAGCUCCUGCAGGAUUCCCAGGUCUCACUGCUGUGCUUUGAAGGAAAUUUGUUCCAGAUGAAGGAGUUUGAGGAAUUAGAGGGACAUUCCAAGUACAUGGAGAGAUACACAGCAGUAAAGAAGAAGAUGUUCUAAAUGAGGCUUCAGACAAACUGCAAGAAAUGGAGAGCCGAUAAAGAAGAGAUAGAGCCAAGACUGCAAAAUAAUUCUAAAGUGUUUGGAUCUGAUAGACAUACAUAUUAACAUGGGAACCAAAGAAAAAUAUCGACUUCAGGCAUAAUAUUCAUUUGUUGACUUGAAGAAAUGAAUGAGGUAAAAGCUGGUGAUGUAUAUUGUAAUAUACAAAGAUAGUGUACAUAUGUGUAUUACAGUUUGUAUUUAUUUAUUGAUGGAAGCUUUUGUCAGCAAGUAUAAAGACGAAUGCUUUUUUGCUGUAUUCCUAUUCAAUCUGUGGUGCUGCCCUACCAUAGUUUAGGUGCACUGCUUUUGCCAUCCUAUUUUUUACUUCCUGUUUUGCUCUGUUGUCCCAUAGCACUUGCUUCAGUCCUUGGCCAACAGCACUGGAAACAGAGUCAAGGUAUGUCUGUGUGGUAUAUGUAUAUGAUUUUGUCAUUAAAUGUAUAUUCUGCAGUAAAAGUGCCUCUUUUCUAUAAUUGCAGUGAGGCGAGUUACUUUUCAAAUGUAUAUGAUUUUAUGCAUGUUUUUGAAGGCUUUGUGCAAUAAUAUACUAUUAAUGUAAACAACUCCUUUUUGUGGUUAUGUAAUCUUUUGUGUUUAUUUUCUCUUCUUACUUUUUAUGUGUGUUAAAAACAUAACACAUAAGACAGUGAUGAUCUGACUGAAAUGAGUCCUGUAUAAUGGAAAUUAAAGAGGAAGAAGAUUGUAUAUACCAAAAAAUGCUUUAGGUUGCCUCUAGCAGGCUGAUAUUUACCUCACUCUGAGAUGCCAAACUGAAAAAUCCGCCUUUUCUACUUUGCUUGAGGUGGAGCCACAUAGACCUCAAAUCCCUUUGAAAUCUGCUGCUGCAUAGUUUGUUGCAUGCCUAAUGGAGGUGACAAACAUGGCCAAGUGUCAUAAUAAACUCAUAUUGAUGUUCAGGGGCUUGUUUUAUUCUUUAUUUUUUAAUUUUGCUUUGGUCAUAUAUUUUUUUUUUACGAACUUAGACUGACUCAAAGUUGUGGAUGAGAUUAGUUGAUUCUUGUUUAAUAGCGAUUACGUGUUCCAAAUGUGUCUUCAUAAAGAUAAGAAUAUUUGCUUGUUUCCUUUAAUGUGAAGGCGUGUAAAAUGUUGAUACAGUGUCGUUUGUUUAUGGUGAAAAUUUUGAAAUUCUGAGUGUAUGAAGUGUAAUUCGUCGGUGGAAACCAAGUUUAAAAAAGUAAAUAGGUGUAGAAAGAAACUGCUUAAAAUCGAUACCAUUAUUGUCAUAGAAAUAAUUUCUUUCUUGUGAUUGAGCAGCUUUAUGGAAAGUUAAUAGGUGCUUUGAUGUAUUUAUUUUGUAUUUGAUUUACAUUAAUUUAUAUUAUGUAUGUGCAUUUUUCUGUUUAUGAUUAGAUAGAGUGUUAUUGUCUUGUUAUUGAAAGUAUUUGCAUUUAUUACCAACAGAUGAGCACCCGAAUAUUCUUAUUUAAAAGCUGCUGGCCAUAAUAGGAUUUAUCAAACCCAUUUGUAAUGUAAUAUGAUACUAUGAUUGUAAUAUUCUAUCAGUGUAUUUUUUCCUUUCCUUAAAUCAGCAGUUUAUUUCUUUUAUUCAUACUUUCUUAAAUCUUAAAUAUGUUUUUUCCUUAGUCUUAAAAAUGAUUUAUGUUAAUUAUAAAUCUCAUUAGUGGUCUUCUGUUAAAUUGUUCUUGUUCAUAAUUUUUAAUGGUGUUACCAGUGUGAUAGUAAUUAUUCACCCAGUUACCUAUAAUGUAAAAGUAUAAAAUGAAUUUUCUUCCAAAUAAUAAACAAGGUACAGGCAUGUCUGAGAAAGAUCUACUUUUAUAUAUAUUUUUUUGUCAUGACUUGUUGGGUCAUUUUAAAUACUUUCAUUCUUUAAGGUCUCACAGAGGAAGCUCUCUGAGCAGGUUGUGGAAGUAAACAGCUUCAAGAAAAAGACAAAAAAAUUAAUGAUGAUGCCAAGUUCCUUUUGCAUUGUUGCAGUUGUUAAGUUGCUAACUUGCAUAUUCCAAUGUAGGAAAAACAUUAUUGCCUUAAGCAAAAAGUCGGCAAAGCAGGAUAUGCUGACUUCUCACCAGCUGUAAAGUAGUCUUCAUGUUGGCGUGAAUGUCAGUGGCUCUGUGGCUGCUUACAGUCCGUGAGUAAGCAGGUAUAAGGUGUCAUAGGUUCAUAGUUAUAGUAGGUGUCAGUAAAGAUUAGCUAGUUGCCAAGCCUUUAUAUAUAAAUCUGAAAUAUUUUUGCACUACUAUUUUUAAUAAACAUGCAAUUUUUUUUCCACCUUUAACUCAUGUAUAUUGUCAAUUCAUAUGCUCCCCUUUACUUGUAUGAUUGAAAGUAUGGGUGUAACAUAAUCAUUGCUUCAUUAUGAGGCAUUUUUCUUAAGAAUAACUCUUUGUUUGUCAUCGUUUUUAUACAGGUUUCCCUUAUGUUUAUUGUACAGUAAUUCUAUACAAGAAAGUCAGGAGAGUAUAGAUCAUUUGGAUAUCCAUAAGUAAUAUGAAAUAAUUGUAUACAUUAGAUAAUGCUUUGAAGAAUAGUAGGAAUACUGAGACUUUAGGUAGGAAGAAAGCAAGUCUUUUGGAAGUUAAUGAUAAUGAAUGGAACUCAGCAGCUAAAAGUGUAUUGCAAAUUAGUCCUGGGUUUUAAGAACUUGAUAAGAUAAUUUCAAGAAGCAUAUGUAUGAAACAACAAUUGUUCAGUUCAAGAUGAAUUGUGUUAUUCAAAUAAAUUUAUUGUAAGUUUGCACAUGUCCGGUAUCACCGAGUAAAUGAUAUAUCAUCGUUGAGUGAAUGUAAUGUAAACACGUUCAGGUAUGGAUGUAACAGCAAGAAUAAAGAUAUAGAAAACCUUUCAAGUAAUUGUAUUAUUCUUCUUCAGGUUACAUGGACAUAAGAGAUUGUUUUCCUAUUCCUACACCUAAGUAUGGUUACAGGGCCAUUAAAUAAUAGGCUUAAAAUACACUAGAAUCACAAAAAAUACACACAUCUGUACCAAUGUAGUUAUAGGUUUUGUUAAGCAUCUGUAUAACUAAUUGGUAAACAUUUCUUGCAGUGUUGUUGCUUGAUGCUGUUCAGUGAGUGAUGUAAAACACGUCACUUAGUAGUAAUACUCUGUUUUAUUCUCAUAAAUGGAAUGUGGAGGUUUAGUUUAAGAAAAUGACAAGUGGACAGAGGCCAAAAUUAGUUCUUAAGUUUUAAAAGUGUAAAAUUUAUUAUUCUAGUAAAAUCAUAAAUUCUCAUUUUAUAAGGUGUAAUCUGUCAAUAAAUUGAUAAUUAGGUGAAAUAUAUAAAUAAGCAGAUUCCUGGAAAAAUACAUUAAAGUCAUUGAAAGACUUUUUUUUGCAUCUCUCUCGUCUAUUGAUUUUGAAAGACUAUUUUUUCAUAUCUCUCGUCUAUUGAUUUUGUGUUUGUAUUAAUUGACAUUUAAUUAACUACUGAUUCAUAAUUGGAUAAAACAGUAUGAUGAUAUGUCAUACUUUCUAUUGUACUGAUGUCAGCUGGAAUGUACUAUAUUUUCUUAUACAACCUACAACAUGAUGUGCUCACAUAGAAUGAACAUGUGAUAUUUUUGUCACUUUAAAUUCCCUUUUCCAUCAUCUGAAUUUGAUCUUUAUGUCUUGGAGAGUUAGAGUGACAAGGAAGCUUGUGAUAAUGAUAAAUGUCAAUGAUUUUACUUUCUUGUGCUGCACAUGAUGAAUGACUUUGAACUUUUUAUUUCAUGCCCCAUUUUUUGACUCCUUCCCUUCUCAUUUUUUGAAUCUCCAAAUAUUUGUGUAUUGCAAUUGCCUAUCUUAUCUUUAUUCACAUUUUUGUUUGUGUUAUUUUACGUUUUUUCUGUAUGGAACCACCUUCCUUAUGUUAUUUAUUGUAACCGUUCACUCAUUGUUGCAAUUUCAAUAAAGAUUUACACAAAAACUAAA